CAGACGGGGACCGAAGGGAGAGCUGAUGGCAACAGCUUAUGCAACAGUGGUGUUAGUACCUCGUAUCACCAACUUUUUGCUUCCUCGUUCGUUUUCUACAUCGUUCUCAGUUUCUUCAAAGCAAUUCUCAGGCUGACUUUGUUCUGGAUCAAAGCCUCGGCUUCAGAAGAGACAUUUGGUUCUGCAGAAGUUGGGGAUGCAUUUUCGGACUUGAAGAAAAAGUACUCCCUUAAGCAAAGUUGUUGAGCUCAUUGAAGCCGUCGUUUUGAUCGGAGCAAAGUUCAAUUUGGUCACCCUCUGGAUUUCAAAAAUUUGGGCACAAUUGGGGCUUUUUACAUCCAUUGAGGACACGGACGGGAAGUGGCGGACGACGUUCCUCCACAGGGUUCGAUGGUACUCCCUUAAGCAAAGUUGUUGAGCUCGUUGAGGUUGUCAUUUUGAUCGGAGCAAAGUUCAAUUUGGUCACCCUCUGGAUUUCAAAAAUUUGGGCACAAUUGAGACUUUUUACAUCCAUUGAGAACACGGAUGGGAAGUGGAGGACGACGCUCCUCCACAGGAUUCGAUGGUUCCCAGGCGACACGAUGAAUAGUAGUACGUCGGACUGGUUUUGAAACAUUACCUUCUUUUUUCAUGUUUUCGCUUUUCACCCACACACCCCCAAAGCCUCUGCGAACAUUCAGAAACAACAUCGAUUCUUGUUUUUUCAAACAUUUCUUCAAGAAAGCCGUUUCAAAACGUUUUGCGAGGUUGGCGAAACUUCCGGGUUGCGUGGCAUUAUUGUCUGGAAACAUAUUCACCCAAAAGCUAUGUAAAAACAAGUCGGUUGAGAGGAAAAGCAAAAGGAGUACCCAUUCUUGUCCAACUAAGCAAAGAGGGUUAAAGAGAGAUGGAGGGCAUAUUGACUAUGUUUUGUGGUGAAUCCGAUUGUUCAGAGAGUAAUGGAAAGCCGUGCAGCACUGAUUUUGCGCUCGUGGUUGACCCAUCUUCAUGUAUAAACCAUGCAUUGAUAGUUAGUUUUGAUGUGUUGAUCUUAGUGGUGUUCUUAUUCAAUAUGAUUCAGAAGACACCAUCAAAAUCUGCUUCCAUGCCCACUCGUUUUCGGGGCAUGUCAGGGUUGCAGAUGGUAUCUGCCACUUUUAAUGGUUUCUUGGGAUUGGUAUGCUCGUGCUUGGGCAUUUGGAUGAUAGAAGAGAAGUUGAGGAAAACCCAGACUUUAUUACCUCUGCAUUGGUGGUUGGUAGUUCUGUUUCAUGGACUAACAUGGUUGUUAGUGGGUUUGACUGUGAGCCUCCGGGGAAACCAUUUUUCUGAAGCCCCAGUGCGGCUUUUGUCAAUCCUUGCAUUCUUGUUUGCUGCAAUUGCUUGUGGUUUAUCUCUUUUCGCUGUCAUUGUUACCAAAAUAGUGUCAAUUAAGAUAGCAUUAGAUGUACUGUCUUUUGUAGGGGCAAGUUUAUUGCUGUUAUGCACCUAUAAGGGCUUCAAUUAUGAAGAAAGUGGUGAAACUUAUAAUGGAAGUGAUCUUUAUGCCCCCUUGAAUGGUGAAGUGAAUGGUAAAUCUGAUUUUGUUGCCUCUGUUACUUCAUUUGCCAAAGCUGGGUUUUUCAGUAAAAUGUCAUUUUCGUGGUUGAAUCCAUUGAUGAAAAGGGGCAGGGAGAAAACUCUUGAGGAUGAAGAUAUGCCCAUGUUGCGUGAGGCAGACCGAGCUGAAUCUUGUUAUUUGCAGUUCGUGGAACAAUUGAACAAACAGAAACAAAUGGAUCCAUCAUCCCAACCAUCCAUUUUGAGGACAAUAAUAUUCUGUCACUGGAAAGAGAUUUUCAUGUCUGGAUUCUUUGCGCUGCUAACGAUCAUCACUUUGUCUGCUGGUCCCCUGCUUCUUAUCGCCUUCAUUGAGGUUGCUGAAGGUAAAGAAAGUUUUAAAUAUGAGGGUUAUGUAUUGGCUAUAUCCCUUUUCUUUUCAAAGAACCUAGAAUCUGUAUCACAAAGGCAGUGGUACUUCCGAAGCAGACUAAUCGGUCUAAAAGUGAGGUCUUUGCUCACAGCAGCCAUUUAUAAGAAGCAACUGAGAUUAUCUAAUGCUGCCAAGAUGACACACUCGGCUGGUGAGAUAAUGAACUAUGUUACUGUGGAUGCUUAUCGGAUUGGAGAGUUCCCUUUCUGGUUUCAUCAAACCUGGACAACAAGCUUCCAGCUCUGCCUCGCACUAGCAAUUCUCUUCCGCACAGUAGGUCUUGCAACAAUUGCAUCCGUGGUGGUGAUAGUUCUCUCUGUGCUUUGCAAUGCUCCUCUUGCUAAAUUACAGCAUAGAUUCCAGUCUAAGCUCAUGGUGGCACAAGACGAGAGGCUGAAGGCCAGUUCAGAGGCUCUUGUGAACAUGAAGGUGUUGAAACUAUAUGCAUGGGAAACCCAUAUCAAGGAUGUCAUAGAAAGUUUGAGGGAAGUAGAAUGCAAGUGGUUAGCAGCUGUUCAAUGGUGUAAAGCGUACUUUGGUUUUCUAUUUUGGGCAUCCCCUGUGUUGGUCUCUGCGGCCACUUUUGGAGCUUGCUAUUUCCUUGGUGUUCCUUUAUAUGCUAGCAAUGUUUUCACUUUCAUAGCAACAAUGCGUCUGGUUCAGGAUCCCAUUACGUGUAUUUCCGAUGUUAUAGGUGUGGUCAUUCAAGCAAAAGUUGCAUUUGCAAGAAUUGUCAAGUUUCUUGAGGCACCUGAACUUGAGGUUGCAAAUGUCCGGCAAAAAUGCAACAUAGAAAAUAGGAACAGCAUUAUUUUCAUAAAAUCAGCCAAUAUUUCAUGGGAAGAGAAUUCACUGAGGCCCACACUUCGAAACAUUGAUUUAGAGGUUAGACCUGGUGAGAAGGUGGCUAUAUGUGGAGAGGUUGGUUCAGGGAAAUCUACCCUUUUAGCCGCAAUUCUUGGAGAGAUUCCAAAUAUUCAGGGAACAAUUCAAGUUUAUGGGAGGAUUACCUAUGUUUCUCAGUCAGCAUGGAUCCCAACAGGAACUAUACGAGAUAACAUUCUAUUUGGUUCUGUCAUGAAUGAUCUAAGAUACCAAGAAACAAUAGAGAAGUGUUCAUUGGUCAAGGACCUUGAGUUGCUACCCCAUGGUGAUCUCACUGAAAUUGGGGAAAGAGGAGUUAAUCUCAGUGGUGGUCAGAAGCAACGAAUUCAACUGGCUCGUGCAUUGUACCAAGAUGCUGAUAUAUAUCUGUUGGAUGAUCCAUUUAGUGCCGUUGAUGCACAUACUGCCACUAGCCUAUUUAAUGAAUAUGUUAUGGGGGCGCUUUCAGGGAAGACAGUCUUGCUCGUGACUCACCAAGUUGAUUUCCUUCCUGCAUUUGAUUCUGUUUUGAUGAUGUCAGACGGGGAAAUCAAAGGUACAGCUCCACACCAUCAAUUACUGGCCUCAAGCCAAGAAUUUCAGGAGCUUGUCAAUGCACAUAAAGAGACUGCUGGUUCUGAAAGGCUUGCAGAGGUUACUUCUCCACGUAGACGUGAACCUUCUACCAGAGAGAUCAGUAAUACUCAUAUCGAGAAAAAAUCUAAAGCAUCUGGAGGUGAUCAGUUGAUUAAGCAAGAAGAGAGAGAAAUAGGAGACACGGGUUUUAAGCCAUUCAUACAGUAUCUGAAUCAGAACAAAGGCUACUUGUACUUCAGCUUGGCUGCUCUCUGUCACCUUACCUUUGUAAUUUGUCAGAUAUUACAAAACUCUUGGAUGGCUGCUAAUGUUGAAAAUCCUGAUGUUAGCACGUUGAGAUUGAUUGUGGUUUACUUGUUGAUUGGAUUUUGCUCGACAUUCUUUUUGCUCUUCAGAUCUCUCUUUGGAGUUACGUUGGGUAUGCAAUCGUCCAAAUCUUUAUUUUCACAGCUAUUAAACUCCCUUUUUCGUGCACCCAUGUCUUUCUAUGACUCAACACCUUUGGGUAGGAUACUGAGUCGGGUCUCGUCUGAUUUGAGUAUUGUUGAUCUUGAUCUUUCAUUUAGUUUCAUCUACACAACUGGGACUACCUUCAAUACUUAUGCUAAUCUUGGAGUAGUAGCCGUUGUUACCUGGCCAGUGUUGUUUGUCUCUAUACCAAUGGUCUACCUUGCAAUUCGAUUACAGAGAUACUACUUCGCUUCUGCAAAAGAAUUUAUGCGGAUCAAUGGCACAACCAAGUCUUUUGUAGCAAACCAUCUUGCUGAAUCUGUAGCAGGAGCCGUGACAAUAAGAGCUUUUGAGGAUGAAGACCGAUUCUUCACAAAGAAUCUUGACCUCAUCGACACAAAUGCCAGUCCAUUUUUCCACAGUUUUGCAGCAAAUGAGUGGCUGAUCCAGCGGCUGGGAACACUUAGUGCCACCGUUCUCUCCUCGUCAGCACUUUGCAUGGUUUUGCUUCCUCCUGGAACAUUCAGCCCUGGAUUUAUCGGAAUGGCCCUGUCCUAUGGUCUUUCAUUAAACAUGUUCCUCGUUAACUCCAUUCAAAACCAGUGCACUCUGGCAAAUUACAUCAUUUCUGUAGAAAGACUUAACCAAUACAUGCAUAUACCAAGUGAAGCUCCUGAAGUGAUAGAAGAGAACCGUCCCCCAGUAAAUUGGCCAUCCUUGGGUAAAGUGGAGAUUCAAGAUUUGCAGAUUAGAUAUAGGCCCGAGGCACCACUCGUUCUUCGUGGGAUCAGUUGCACAUUUGAAGGAGGGCAUAAGAUCGGUAUUGUUGGCAGGACUGGCAGUGGGAAGACUACUCUCAUAGGUGCUUUAUUUCGUCUGAUGGAGCCAACAGGAGGGAAAAUUGUAGUUGAUGGAAUUGAUAUCUGUACAAUAGGUCUUCAUGAUUUUAGGUCACGUUUAGGGAUCAUACCACAAGAUCCUAUUCUUUUCAAUGGAACUGUGAGAUACAAUUUGGAUCCCUUGUCUCAACAUAACGACUGUGAAAUAUGGGAGGUUCUUGGGAAGUGUCAGCUUAAAGAGGCUAUUCAGGAGAAAAAGGAGGGCCUAGAUGCCUUAGUUGCGGAUGAUGGAUCUAACUGGAGCAUGGGGCAGCGGCAAUUAUUUUGCUUGGGCCGUGCUCUGUUGAGAAGAAGCAAAGUGUUGGUGCUGGAUGAAGCUACCGCAUCAAUUGACAAUGCUACUGAUAUGAUUUUGCAAAAAACUAUCAGGACGGAAUUUGCUGAUUGCACUGUGAUCACAGUGGCACAUAGAAUCCCGACCGUGAUGGAUUGCACAAUGGUUCUUGCCAUCAGUGAUGGAAGAAUUGUGGAGUAUGAUAAACCAACAGAGUUGAUGAAGAGAGAAGAUUCUCUGUUCGGGCAACUUGUGAAGGAAUAUUGGUCCCAUUAUCACUCUGCAGAAUCAAUUUGAAUCUCAACUUCAAUGUCUUACCUGAAUGCAUGCAUGGCUUACAAAAACUAUGGUCAACCUGUAUAUGAGCCUUUCUUACUUAUGUAGGAGGCAAGAAAAAAAAUAA